GAGGGAGGGAGGGCAGCAGCGUUAGCAUCAGGAGCAGGAUCCCCCCGUGGCACUCUCCCUGGGACUAGCCCUCGGGGCGGCGGGCGUGAGCGAGUGGCAUGUGCGCGCGUCCGGCGUGGUCGGGGUCGUGGCCGUGGUGUUGGGGUCUGCUUCCCGGCGGCGGAGGGGCGAUGAUCCAGAGGCCGGGCCGGGGACGCCGCUCCUCCUAAGAGUCCGGAGCCAGGAUGGGCCGCCUGCCGCAGCCCCUGCCGCUCCUCCUGGUCUGCCUGGCGCAGGGCCUCCUCCCGCUCAUAUGCUGUGAUGCUAAGCAAAUCAUUCGUGCCACGGAUUUAUUGGACUGGGAGGACAAAGAUACUGCAGAAACACUGGUUGAUAACAUAGUCCAUUCAAAGAUCGUCAAUCCUUUACGCCUUUUUGUGAAGCCAUCACCAGGACUGAAACAUGGGCAGAUGUCAUAUUCGGACAGCAUAGACAACUUUUGGGAUUGGUUAUCCAACAUCACUGAAGUUCAAGAAUCUCUUCAACGAACUAAACGCAGACCAAUUGUAAAAACUGGGAAAUUCAAGAAAAUGUUUGGAUGGGGUGACUUCCAUUCUAACAUCAAAACUGUGAAGCUGAAUCUUCUCAUAACAGGGAAAAUUGUUGACCAUGGCAAUGGAACCUUCAGUGUUUAUUUCCGGCACAAUUCAACCGGACUUGGAAAUGUUUCGGUGAGCCUCGUGCCACCUUCUAAGGUGGUGGAGUUUGAACCUUCACCUCAGUCAGCUUUAGAGACCAAGGAGUCCAAGUCUUUCAACUGUCGAAUUGAAUAUGAGAAAACAGACAGGGCUAAGAAAACUGCAUUGUGUAAUUUUGACCCUUCAAAGAUUUGCUACCAAGAGCAGACGCAAAGCCAUGUAUCCUGGUUGUGUUCCAAACCAUUUAAAGUCAUCUGUAUUUACAUUGCUUUUUACAGUGUUGACUACAAACUGGUGCAGAAAGUCUGCCCUGACUACAACUACCACAGCGAGACACCCUAUUUAUCUUCUGGAUGAUACACUCUCUCCAAUUUUCAAGGACUGUGAAAUCUGAAUAUUGAUAAUCUGUCUAAAAUUCCACUUAAAAUGUCUUAAGGCAGUGCUUCCCAAUCAGGUUAAAAUAAACGCAUUCUUCCCCUGAAAAUUAUCCCCUUCCAUGGGCUGGUUCACCCAUGUAUAUUUUGCAGUUGAUGGCUACAACAUCAAGUAGCAAUGUGCAUGUUGUCAAUAUAUCGUCUGGGAUCAAGCACCACAUAAACUCCUUCCAGAGCAGUUCAGAGACACAUGUCUUUUAGUGGAGUUGGUUCAGCCACUCAGCCGCAGUUCAACAUAAUGAGUAAUUGUGGUUGUGCAUGUGUAUCAGCCAUAUGUCUGUGCUGUUACCAUAAACAUUUUCACAUUCAGGUACCCUAAUGUUGCUUUAGAAAAACAUUUAAUUUCUGGAUGUUUUUUUAAAAAGCUAUUCUAAUUAUAGGGAAAGAAACAACCACCACUAGCAAUAUGGGGAUGAGACGCCAAGAACAAUCUCACAUGUAAGCAAUGUGUACCAUUCAACUGAUCUGAAAACUGCAAAAAAUCUAACACCAACUGUUAGGUGUUGAAGGAGGCACUGCAGUCCCUUGGUGUUAUAGGUUUGGCCAGAACUGCUGUUGAAUGCAAAUGUGUCGAGGCAAAUAUUCAGGGCCCUGUAGAAAUGACACUUAAAUGGGCAUCUGUAUGAAUUUAGGGGAGAAUUAAACAGUAGUAUGAGGUUAUGGGGGGAAAAAACAUUACUGUGCAGGGCUUACACGUCACUACAUUUGCCAUAAAUUCUGCCUAAAGUUUAGGCAAAAAAUUAUGUAGAGAGUGAAUGUUGCAACGGGUUUCUGUGAGAUUUGCAUAGCCUAUUCAUGAAUGAAUCUUUCACAAAAUUUUGUUAAAGGCUUGCCAUUUAACUAUAGUGUAGCAGACUUGAGUCCAGAUAAUGCAGUGUGGGUGUAUCAUUUGUAUGCCUAAGAAGCCAUGUUUAUAUCAGUUCCUGAAAUGCACUAGUAUAAUUUUUACACCUACUCCUGAGUUUAAAAGCACAUUCUAACUUUAUUGCUACUCCUAUAUGAAAAUGUGCCAUUAAUGAAAUAGAAUAAAACAGGGUCCUAAUGAAAUACAUUUGUAAAAAGAAACAAUUAAUGCUAUAGGUUCAGCAGCUAAACAGGGUUCAACCUUAAAGGCUGUUGCUAGCACAGUACAGUGAAACCUUCCUAAGAUCUCAACAGCUUUUGCUAUAGUAAAAAUGCAUUAAUCCCAAGGAUUGCCAGCUCUCUGAAGGAAACCAGUCUUAUUAAAUACAGGAAACUGUAAAGUACAUUUUCAGUGAAACAGCCAAGCUAUGGAGGAUCACCCCUUUCUGUGCAAUGGAAAUCAUGCUCAAUCACAAGGAGAAGGCUUUUGAUUUCUAGCAACAUGUACACUUGCCAGGUGUGAAAUGGUUGGGAAAUCUCGUAAGAAAUCUGAGAUAUGAUGUGUCAAUUGCAAACUUGUGUUUAUCUGACCAGAAUUUCAGGGUUUAUGUGUAUGUGUUCUGAUAUUGUUCAUUUUUUGUAUGAGAAAGUCUUUAAUUACUUUAUUUUAGUGAAAUAUGUGUAUACACAACCGUUCCUCCGUUCUAGAAGUGUAGACACCAUAUGUGGUAUUACCUCCUCCAGCCCCCAUCUUAGUCCUGAUAUUGAACACUGAACUUCAAGUAAGAUCUUUUUCAUCCACCCACAGAACACAUCUUUGGAUGACCACACUUUUGGAUUCAUGACACCAGUGAGAAGCUCAUUUAUUCCAAUAUAGAAAGCAACUAUAUUGAAAAACCCAGUGAAAAACCCAGUGAAAGGCAGGUAGUUUUCUUAAAAUUUUACCCUGAACAUUUUAAAAGCUAACAGUGUCUGCCUGCCAGUGAAAUGGAUAUAACUAGUGAAACAGAUUCAUAUUUCCCCUGCAGCCCUAUGUAUACAUCCCAGAAUCUAUUUCAGAGAGAUAAAGCAUCUUCUGCAAAGAUUUAGGUGUGUGUGUGUGUACAUACACAGGCAGGAAAUGGAAACUUGUUUUCAUAUGUUAUAGGGCAUAGCUCUUGGUAAUUAUUAGAUUUCAGUGAAAGAGAAUUGAAAAGUUCUCUUUAAAACAUACUACAAGUUGUCCAAAGUGGAAAGAGCACAUAAAACAGAUUUGCAAAAACUACAGGCUUAUAAACUGUGCAUUUCAGGGUUAUAUAUACACAUAUCAAUUCACUUAACUGUAGAAAGGUCAAACACAGCAUUUAAAGUUAUCAAUUGCUGUAAGAAUAAUCAAACAAUGAUAUCCAGUGUUACUGAGUGAAAACAAGUAGGAUGCAAAGAACUUCUGUAUUAGCCUCUCUCUUCAAACAAAGCGGAGGGUUCCUUCUACACUUGCUUCCUUUUAGUUACAAUGCACGUUUGCUAAAUGCAUGUCAGGAGAGAGCAACAUGGUGAUACUUUACCAUCAAUUUGGGAGACCACAUUACAUUCCCUAGAGUCCAAGAAGCUAGGACAGAAAUGAGAAUGGAAUUUCUAAUGUAAAAGACUCCCAAAUUGCUUUCUCUUGACCCAUGUGCAUCUGGUCUCACCUCAACCAUAUAUCCAGACCACCACCAUGUUGCUUUAAUAUGUAUAAUAUGUAUUCUUGUGUAGACCAGAAAUAUGGCCAAGACCUGUUAAGUCCUUUGUACAGAAGAAUCACAGAAUCAUAGUUGGAAUAGACCACAAGUGCCAUCUGUUCCAAAUCUGUGCUAUACAGGAGUACAUAAUCAAAGUAGUCCCAGCAGAUGGCCAUGCAACUUCUGUUUAAAAACCUCUUAAGAAGGAGAUUCUAUCAUAUUCUGAAGCAGCAUAUUCCACUGCCAAACAGCUCUUACCAUCAGGAAAUUCUUCCUACUAUUCAGGUGGAUUCUCUUUUCUUAUAAUUUGAAUCCAUUUCUCCACGUUCCAUUUUCUAGACCAGCAGAAUAUAAACUUGCUCCAUCUUUCAAAUAUUUAAACAUGGCCACCAUGUCCUCUCUCAGCCUUUUCUCCAAGCUGCACACACCCACCUCCCUAUGCCUCUCCCAUAGGACUUGGCUUUGAAACAUUUGAUAAUUUAGUCACUAUUAUCUGAACACUUAUCAAUAUCCUUCUUGAAUUGUGGUUCCAGGAUUCCAGUUGAGGUCUGGCCUAAACAGAAUAGAGGGGACUAUGACCUCCCUCGAUCUAGGCACUAUUUUCUUAUUGAAGUUUUUCAGGCAGCAGAUUAACCCUUAAAAAAAAGUUAUUUCAAGAUUUCUUUCCCAAGAAAUUUUGAGGACACACACAUUUAUUUUACAAUGCUAUCAGAUAUAUAUUUAUUUAUCACAUCAUAACCGUUUCCUGAACUCUCUCGGUUUACUAUGCAGUCAAACUUUUCCCAGCCAGCUUCAACUCCAUUCUAAAUUUAUCUUAAUACCAACCCUUUAGUUCCCUUUCUUCUCCCCUUAAUUCUAAUUCUUCCUUUAAAAGUUCAGUUGGUACUGAAUUGUUGAUCCCACAUGUUGGUAGGUGCUCUUUCUGUCUGCUAACCUAGCAUUUUAGUAUAACAAAUUGACAAAACA